GGUGUGUGUCACAGGAUGUCGGAAACUAUUACCAUAUGCUUCCUGCACUGCCUCCUGGGAACUCAGGCAGAGGGGCCAGCCAGCCCUGCCUCCCAGCCAGGGGUUCAUUUGACUGCCGGGCAGCAGGGAACCAACACACACUCUCACACAGGACCCAGACAACAGUCAACCUCGGAUUCUACUCUCAGGAUGCUACUCUACACAGUCUUACUUCUCCUGCCUUUUGUGGCGUACGUGAGUGGCCAGUACGAGUCCCACAGUAUCGGAACAUGUGACCUGGAGCCCUACAUCCUCAAACUGCUCACCUGUGACAAUCACUUCUUCACAGCCAUGAGGAAAGACCCAGAGGGGGACUGUGGCCUGAGGUACAAAGAGGCAGAGUUCUGUUACUGGAAGGAGAUCCGAGGAUGUUACGUGGAUCUGUACGAGGGAGACCAGCUCAACCACGAGGUCAGCAGUAUCAUGACUCAGUUCCCCUCACAGGAGGCCUUCUGUGAAGGUACGGGUCUGGGACCGAUUGACUUCAGUGAGUACCACACCAACCCGUGUGACGCCAGGUACACGGAGGAGAGUCAGGACUGUACCCGGGGACUCAUCAUGAUGUACCAGAACAACCAUGCAGACCACAGGCUAUGCAGCACAUACACAGAGUCGAUCAGCUGUGUACAGCGAGUGACAGACCAGUACUGUACGCUGGACCUGCAGGACUUUGCGCACGCCUGGGUGGACGUGCACAUGAACAUCGACCACAACCCCUUCUGCGCAGUAAUCACCAGUCUGGGCAACAGAAGUCACAGCUCCGGCCUGCUACUUCUGUUGGCACUUCUCGCACUUUUGUAUCUUCUCUAGUGUAGCAGUUAUAUCAUAGUCUCCAGCACAUUCUUAGUCCUAGGGCCAACACAGGCCAGCUACUUUGACUCUGGGGCCAACCAUCCUGGAUAGCAUUUAUGUCUGCUCCAAUAGCUGCUACGUACUCGCCAACUAUCAGAGCGGACAUAGACUAACCAGGAUGGUACCCAGGCCAAGGCCAACAUGCUGCCAAGGAAAUUUUACAACAGACAGUCCUCAGUUAGGCCCUGAGAAUGAGACUAAAAAAUUUUCAUGCUUCUAUGAGGGAGCAACAUCUGAUCUCUUUUGAAACGUUUUGUACGGAAAUUAUAUCAUCUAAUCAUGUAGAAAUGAGUUUUCUAUGGCCAGUUUCAAUACAUUGUACAAAGUUAGUUCCUAAACGAGACCUUAUGCCAGUAUUGACCAAUGUGGACCAUUGUGUAUUAUAUAGUAUACAACUGGA